GUAAAGUUUGAUCAUUUGGAGGGAGAUGUCCGUGUUCUCCAUACUGCAGGUGGGCGGGACUCUACAUCCGGGAACUGACGCUGACCCCUGACGUGACCCUGCAGGAUUGCAAACAUGGCGGAGCCCUCCCUCGGGAACUCGAGCCCAGGAGGUUCAGCCGGUUCCGAUGACCAUGAUUUUGACCUAACAGCGGACAUGCUUGUCCAUGACUAUGAUGAUGAACGCACCCUGGAGGAAGAGGAACUGUUAGAGGCUGCUGAUGAGACCAACGCCAAUGAAAUUGAAGAUCUUGCACGGGAGGGAGAGAUGCCCAUUAAUGAGCUGUUGAGUCUCUACGGUUACGGUGGCAGAUCACCAGCAGAAGAGGAUGAAGAGGAGGAAGAAGAACCAGAGGAAGAGGAUGAUGAUGAGGAAGAGGACGAAGAGGAGGACCUUGACAAUGAUGAAAGCAGCAGAAGCACCGGCGAGCUGAAAAGAAAUGAGGGUGAGGAUGUUAAGAACUUGUCAGGACAGGGGGGUGAGGCCCAGGUAAACUCUGAGGGCCGCACACGCUCAGUCAGGUCACUCGGUACAGCAGAACUCAUCCGCCCCCAGAGACUCAAGUACUUUGAAAGUAGUAAUGAUGCAGAGGAGGAGUCAGAUGAAGAUGAGGAUUAUGUUCCAUCUGAAGACUGGAAAAAGGAGAUUAUGGUGGGUUCCAUGUAUCAAGCAGAAACUCCUGUUGGUUUGUGUAAAUACAAAGACAACGAAAAAGUUUAUGAAAACGAUGACCAGUUGUUGUGGAACCCUGAGUGUCUUCCUGAAGGCAAAGUUGUGGAGUUCUUGACGGAGGCAUCGAGGCGGACAGGAGAUGAGAAGGGAGUAGAUGCAAUCCCAGAAGGAUCCCAUAUCAAAGACAACGAACAGGCGUUGUAUGAACUGGUGAAAUGUGAUUUUGACACAGAGGAAGCUUUAAGAAGACUAAGGUUUAAUGUAAAAGCAGCCAGAGAGGAGCUAUCUGUCUGGACUGAAGAGGAAUGUAGAAAUUUUGAACAAGGACUCAAAGCUUAUGGGAAAGACUUUCAUUUAAUACAGGCCAACAAGGUGAGAACUAGGUCUGUAGGAGAAUGUGUGGCCUUUUAUUACAUGUGGAAGAAGUCUGAGCGUUAUGAUUUCUUUGCACAGCAAACCAGACUUGGGAAAAGGAAAUACAACCUUCAUCCUGGUGUCACAGACUACAUGGACAGAUUAUUGGAUGAGACGGAGAGCGCUACAUCCAGCAGGGCGACGUCGCCUCCUCCCACCACCUCCAGCAGCAGCACCAGCCACUCUGAGAGGGAAGACAGCAGCAGUCAGAACGGUAUUGCAAGCCACAGCUCAAGUCACCCGGUCGAGGGUUCUCAGUUGCCCCCAGCAAAUCAAGUCAAACCCGAGGGAGUUCAGUCCAACGGUCCCUCCCAUCCUUUAGCGGAAACUCCUCCUGCUCCUCCUCCUCCUCCACCUCCUCCUCCACCUCCAGUUUCAGACAACAACUCCAAUGGUUGCAGCCAACCCACCGCUCCCAGCCAUGACAGAAAUGGGUCUCUGGAGCCUCUGCUAGACCACAAAGACACGGCAGCGGUGACACACGACAGGCCGGCCAAGAGGUUAAGGACGGAGGCCGAGCCUUUGGGUCAGAGCGAGGUGGAACCAUCCAGAACGAAGGAGGACUGAACAAUGUUGACUAACAGACGCUGGUGUGGGGUGAAACCAGUUGUUCUCUACCGGUGGGGUGGGGGAACGAUAGGAGAGGACGAUGAACCCUUGUUGACCUGUGAGCGCCGUUAGAGCAAAGACUCGCUUUAAGAAGGUCAUAAGUCACUGAAUCACACCAUGAAGAACACAGCCAACCAAACUGCAGCUGGUCCUCCAGGAGGCCCCCCAUCACAUCCAUGUACUGUCUCUACCAAGCUCAUCCCAAAGUACCGCAGACAAAACCAACAAAAACACCUUCUCCCAUCAUCUCGAUUCCCUUUUUUUGGAGACUGACGAAAUUUUUGCCAAGAAUUCCCUUUUUCUACUUGUACUUAUAAAGAGAAAAUAAAUCACCCGUGAUAUUUUUUUACGCAAGAGAUAUUUAUAUUUUUUAACAAAAAACUCUGAUGGGUAAUUUUUGUUCAAAGCCAUUUGUCUGCUGUUUAAGAUUUGAUGACGUUUUAACAGUUAUGUGCUUAAGUUGCUGAAAAGAUGCAAAGUAGGCAAAAAAACCCCACAAGGAAUAGGUCGGUGCUGUCGCUAGCUCACUGUAGUUGCACUUUGAUUGUAUGUUUGUCAUCUGGAUUGAUGAGGUGGUGUGUCAGAACCCAGCAGAAAUACAACUUCACUCCCUCAGCUCUUUCUCUUUGACGGCUGUUUGUUUGAUUCUGAUGAAUGAACCAGCGGGUCGGAGCCCUGCAGGUUCGUUUGUGUAAAGCAGCUGACAUCAGUGAUGUCCUUUAUCAUAACUCAUCAUGUAGAAGAUCUCUGUAUUUUUCGAUUUUCAUAGUCAGUGCUUCGUUUUUAAUAGACAGAAUGUUUGUGUAAAGUUUGUAUAGAUUUCUUACCUUGAGCAGCUGGUACAUUUUUUUUAUAACUGUCUUUUCAUCUCUGUAUUUUCUGGUCUUCCUCGUAGGCUGUGCUUUUUGUUGGAAUAUGUUUCUGAGAUGGAUGUAAUAAAAAAAAAGCAGCCAUUCCUCUUUCUCUUGCUGUUUGGCAGUACUUUCCAUUCCUGUGUGGCCCUGCUCAAUCUGAAGUUUGUUGCAGAAAAAGCUGCUGUGUGCUGCUUGCCUUUCGGUUGUAACAAACCUGCCUAUUCAGAGUGCUUCGUUUCAACCAGUACUUACUGUCAUGAGUGGCUUCAGACCAGUGGACGUCCAGCAGUUGACCCGAGAGUGUGAACUGAGAGACCUUAACUUAUUUUGGUCCAGUAGCUGUUCAGCUUAAUGCUUUAAUGUUUUACUUUGUACUUCAGCUUUGAACUUAAAUUCAGAAAUUAAGAUACAUUUUUCUCAAAUAACGUUGAUCCAGUCUUUUUUUUUCUUUCUAUUUUUUUUUUUUUUUUUUUUUUAAUUUUGGACAGUGUUUGUUUUUUCUCUGUAAAUGAUGACAUGAAUAAAGGUGUGUUCCAGGACUGGCUAUCAAUGGAAUAACAUGCGCUAUAUUUAAUAAAUGUAUUAAUGAUUUUAA